GGUGGAGUGCUUCGGCUAUCCCGUCAGCAUAUUUUUCAUCGUGGUCAACGAGUUUUGUGAAAGAUUUUCAUACUAUGGAAUGCGUGCCGUGUUAGUCCUGUACUUCAAGUAUUUCCUGCGCUGGGAUGAUGACCUCGCAACCUCUAUCUAUCAUGCUUUUGUGGCCUUGUGCUACCUGACUCCUAUCCUGGGGGCCAUUGUGGCAGACUCCUGGCUUGGCAAGUUCAAAACCAUUAUCUACCUGUCCAUUGUGUAUACCAUCGGCCAGGUGGUCAUGGCUGUUAGCGCUAUUCACGACAUCACCGACGCGAACAAAGAUGGCAUACCCGACAGCAUCACAGUCCAUGUGAGCUUGGCUAUGGUAGGUCUGAUCCUCAUUGCUCUGGGUACAGGAGGCAUCAAACCCUGCGUGUCCGCGUUCGGAGGGGAUCAGUUUGAGGAGCACCAGACACAGCAGAGAAGUACGUUCUUCUCAGUGUUCUACUUGUGUAUUAAUGCAGGAAGUCUUCUCUCCACUCUCAUCACUCCCAUACUCAGAGGUCAAGACUGUGGCAUUCACAGUCAGCAGAAGUGUUACCCACUGGCCUUUGGUGUCCCUGCAGCCCUUAUGGUGGUCUCUCUGAUUGUGUUCAUUGCCGGCAGUGGAAUGUACGUUAAAGCUGCACCUAAAGGCAACAUCAUGCUGGAUGUGUGCAAAUGCAUCGGGUUUGCCAUUAAGAACCGUUUCAGACACAGGAGCAGCAAGUACCCAAAGAGAGAGCACUGGAUGGACUGGGCCCACGAGAAGUAUGACAAGCUGCUCAUUGCUCAGAUUAAGAUGGUUCUGAAGGUGCUGUUCCUCUACAUCCCUCUCCCCAUGUUCUGGACCCUGUUUGACCAAAAGGGCUCGCGCUGGACUCUCCAAGCCACCACCAUGGAUGGUACCUUUGGGACACUCAUCCUGCAGCCAGACCAGAUGCAGACUGUGAACCCCAUUCUGAUCCUGACCCUGGUGCCUAUUAUGGACAGAAUUGUUUAUCCCCUCAUCAGGAAGUGUGGCUUCAACUUCACCCCUUUGAAGAGAAUGACCGUUGGGAUGUUUUUGGCUGCCAUGGCUUUUGUUUCUGCGGCUCUGGUCCAGAUUCAAAUAGACAAAACACUGCCGGUCUUUCCAACGUCCUCUCAAAGUCAGCUAAAGGUCGUGAAUAUGGGAGAUGCGCAGCUAAUGGUCACCAUCCCUCCCAACAUGCCUACUCUGAUCGAACCCCUGCAGGCUAGUAAAGACUACAUGACAUUCGACAGUCCGAACAUUGAGGUGACUUUAGACACAACUCCUGUCAUCAGUAAAGCCUUCACGUUGACCAACGGAUUACGCCAGACCCUCAUCAUCCCGUCUGAUCCUGGUGCCAUGUAUCUGACAGAAGAUUUAACCUCCAAACCAGAACAAGGCAAUAAUGGAAUCAGAUUUGUGAAUGGUAUGAAUGCAAAACUGAAUGUUUCCGGCUUUGCAUUCAUCGAACCUUUGGCCACUUCCAGAUAUGUCCUGGUUUCACAGGGGUCACACAAGUUCACCAUCACUAACGGUGUGCAGUCGUGUGAAUUCUCUUCGUGGUUUGGGUUUGGCGGUUCAUACACCUUCCUCAUCCCCAGCAGUAUUACCUGGACUGAGCACUGUGGGGGCUCUGUAGUGCAGCUGGAAGACAUCAAGCCCAACAGUGUGCACAUGGCUCUUCAGAUCCCUCAGUAUUUCCUCAUCACAGCGGGGGAAGUUGUGUUCUCCGUCACUGGCCUGGAAUUCUCAUACUCACAGGCACCCAGCAACAUGAAGGCAGUCCUGCAGGCUGGCUGGCUCUUCACUGUUGCCAUGGGCAACUUCACUGUGCUGAUUGUGGCAGAGUUGGCCAAGCUGCCUAAGCAGUGGGCAGAGUAUGUGUUGUUUGCUUCUUUGUUGGCAGUAGUGUGUAUAAUCUUUUCUAUAAUGGCUUACUUCUACACCUACAUCAACCCUGUUGAAAUUGAGGCCCAGUUUAAGAAAAAGGAUGACCUGGAGCCAGAGGGGAAGGACAACAAGACCUUUGAGAUGAAGCCACACGACUUGAAGGAGAAGCAAGAUGCAUGAGUCAAACCAUCUCAAAUGUAAAUGUCACGCUGUGCUUU